GUUCGCUCGAUAGCGAACGCACCGCAGUGCAUGUUACUCCGGAAUAGGGGAGUAACACGCUGCAGCUUGUCAAGGGCACGCAAGCCUCGUGCUCCAAAACUUUUCGUUUCUGUCAGUUCUUAUUUCUUAAAACUUGAUGUGUUUCAACCGUGCGCUAUUAAUUUCAUCUCGGAUCUCGUCUCGUGCUCGGACAUCUCGCUAUCGUGCUCCAGUCAUUAUCAAAAAAAUAUAUCUGUCAUCGUGAACAAAAUAUCCGUCGUCGUGAAUAAGAUAUCAAUUAUCGUGAACAAGACAUCUGCAGCAAAGAUAUCCGUUCGCGAUACUUCUGGUACCGACGCGACGUCGCGUGCAAGAUCUUCAUUGAAGAUACAUACUUUCUCGGGCGUUUACCAUAGUCACGUCGCAAAUAGUGUAAAUACCAAAUAUCGACAGUUGCAAUUGAGAACUUGGACAAUACAAUUCGCAAACAUAUCAAGUGAAAUACUGGAAAUGGAUAAUAAUGACGUAACGAGGAUGGAAGAGGAUGACUGCAAGGUCCAUGUGCAGGAAUCGGAAAAAUUGCUGGGACCCAAAAAAUCGCAAAUGUACAUCGAAUUCAACGAUCUCUGUUACUCCGUUCGCAAUCGAAAAGGGACUGAGAAAACGGUCCUACGUAAUGUAACGGGGCACUUCGAAACGGGGAAAGUCACAGUAAUAAUUGGUCCUUCUGGCGCGGGAAAGACCACUUUGCUGAAAAUCUUAUCGGGGAAACGAUCGAUCGAUGUUAAGGGCACCAUUAGCGUAAACGGUGUUGAACAGAAUACAGGAACAUUCCGCAAACAGGUGUGCUACGUGCCGCAACAAUUCCAUUUAUUACCGCUCCUCACAACGAGAGAAACAUUCUAUAUAGCGGCACGGCUAAAACUCAACAUUAAUCAAAAUGAAACUAUUUAUUUAGUUAUAAACGACAUAGCGCAGAGUCUCGGCUUGUCAGAUUGCUUGGAUACAUUAGUAAAUAAAUUAAGCGGUGGCGAACGGAGAAGACUGUCUAUCGGCGUGGAAAUGAUUGCCAAGCCAUCUGUUUUCUUCUUAGAUGAACCAACAAGCGGUCUCGACAGUGCGGCCUCUAAUCAGCUCGUUAACUUACUGCACAAUAUGGCGCAAACAAACUGCACUGUGGUUUGUGCGAUACAUCAACCCAGUAGUCAAAUGAUUUCGCUCUUCGAUGACAUCAUGGUACUCGAUCGAGGCAGAUGCAUGUACUGCGGUCCAAAGAGCGAGAUCUUAAACACGUACAGCAUUGCCGGGUUCACGUGUCCCAGUUUCUACAAUAUAGCUGAAUUUGUGCUUGAGGUAAUAACCGAACAAAGAGAUGGAGAUUUGGAGAAUCUGUACAAGAUAUGUUGUAAUGAAUACGAAAAGUUCAAAUCACUAAAUGAACAUAAUAAAAAUGAAUUGGAUUCAUCGACUGAUUUCACACAAAAAUAUGAGACAGACAAUAGAGCUACAUCUAUAAAUAAUAUAAUACAAAAAAAAUCGACAUGGGAACAACAAAAGGUUUUAUUUUUACGAGCUCUAAUCUGCAUCAAGCGAGAUAAUACAUUGACAAAACUAAGAUUUGCGACGCACAUCGUAGUCGGGCUGGUAUUCGGGUUACUUUUUUAUAAUUUCGGCGACAAAGCAGAAAGGGUAACAAGCAACAUCUCUUGCUUAUUUAUCAUUCUAAUGGCUUUAUAUUUCUUAAACUGCACACUGACAGUACUAACAAUUCCCACGGAAGCGGCAGUAUUCCUACAGGAACAUUUAAAUGAUUGGUAUUCUUUGAGAUCCUAUUACAGCGUAAAAGUAUUAACAGAUAUUCCGAUGCAAAUACUUUGCACCUCAUCUUUUGUGUUUAUAACUUAUUAUAUGACAGGACAACCAAUGGAAUAUGAUAGAAUAUUAGGGGUAUGGGGCAUUUGCCUAUUAAUUACGAUUUUUGGACAAACGCUCGGGAUAUUUUUAGGCACAGCUUUUGGCACUGAGAUGGGUGUAUUUUUAAUUCCGGCAACCACUAUACUAUUAUUUUUAUUUGCUGGAUUUUUCUUGAAAAUAGACGAAAUACCAACAUACAUGCAGCCUAUAAACACUAUAAACUUUUUCAGAUACGCAUUUGAAGGAGUAAUGCAGGCGGUCUACCUUGAUCGACCAAAUCUGUCAUGCUUGGAAAUCUAUUGUCACUGGCGUUCGCCAAAAAAGAUUCUCUCAAUGAUGAGCAUGCCAACAGUGCCAUUUUACGUAACUCUAAUAAUAAUUGGCUCUUGGUUACUGUCUGUACAUGCGAUCACUUAUGCAUUAUUUCGUUGGAAAAUUUAUCGUGCAGAAAAAUGAUAUAUUUAGUUAAUAUUCAUCUCAAACGAGUAUGUUUUUACAGUAUUUUAAACAAAGAAUUAUCCAUUGUGCAAAUUCUCUUUGUAACAGUGGGUAGAAUGUUAAGAAAAAUAACGGGAUUAGAAGUAUAAAAGAUUAUACAAAUUUUUUAUAAUUACAUAUCUAACAGGCUCAGUAAUAACAAUAUAAUAAGAUUUAUUUUCUUAUCUGAUUAUGACGAUAGCGUAAGGAUUGGUGUAUAUAAUACAAUAAAUUAAGUAUGACAGUA